CUGCGCAGAUGAAGUCGACGUAUGUGGGCAGUCGGGAAUUCCUGAAGCGACACAGAAACACGAAAGAUGUUCCAUACAAACGAGAAGCUGUACAACACUUAUGUACGGAAGAAUAUGUCCACCAUUGUGAGCGUGGUAAAAGUGAGAGAAAUCAUGCUCUAUCUGCCUUGCCUGACUUCUCAUGACAGAGAGACAAUAGAAGCAAAAAGAGAAAUGUGUGGCAAUUAUAAUGCCAUGGUACUUCUCUUGGAGUGCCUGCGGAGAAGAGAAAACUGGCCGGAGCAGUUCAUUGCAGCGCUGGAGUCAUGUGAGCAACCUACAGUGGCUGCUGCAAUUCGAAAAGAGUACAACUCUCUGAGAGGGUUCAACCUGCCCAAUCCCAUUCCAGAGAGUGGUAGCAGCAGAGAAGCAUCUAUUGUUCCACCAUCUGAAGCCUCAGUUCCUCCACAGCCAAUCAUCCAGGCACUGUCAGAACUAGUUGCCCAUACGCCACCUUCUUUGCAAAUUCCUGUGCAGCCAGCAUCCCCCCAGACAUCACCAGCACAAGCACCAAAAGCAGCUUCCCCACUUCAGCUGGUACCUGAAAACCCACAGCCUCCUGAAGCAACUGUGCCCAUUCCUCCAUCCCCUGAGACCUACUGCUAUCCAGCGACCACACCUUCACCACCACAGAGAAGAAUUAAUGCACAGCAGGAGCCAAAAGCAAACUUUGAUGAGCUGAAGUAUGGUCAUGAAAGAGGCGAUGAUGUGAAGGAUGGUCAUAAAAUUGGCAUUCCAAACAUUGCAAGCACACUUGAUUGUGAGGUUUCUGUGAAAAUUCCUGAACCAUCACAUCCUGACAGACAGGAUAACCCAUCUUAUUCUGAUCAUCUCCGUACACCAGCCAUCAAGGUCAGCCCAUCGCAGAAUGUCCCACUAAAUCAGGCCGUUGUCAUGACACCAAAGAAGCCUCCAGUUCAGGAAACCACUCCACCUCGAGACAUGGUACCUUCUUCUGUUCUGCAGCCUGGACAAACCUCUAAACCUGCUGCUGGACUGGAUUUGCAAAGGCACCCACAGGCAGAAACCACCAACACAGCCUCCAACCAGAUGAUGGACGCCUCUUGCCUUGAUGACAAUACUGUUUGUCUGAGCAAACCAGGACAACUCAUCAGUGUUCAACCACAAGAUCACACCAGUCCGACUAUUGCUUUAUCCGGUGCACAGGUGGAGCCAUAUUCAGGUAAUAGUGAUCGUCUAGAAAUAAGCAAUGCUGACUCAGACCCUGGGACCGCCAUCCAUGUUCCUGCAUGCAGUGUUGGUAACCCCACCCCUCUCAGUGGCAUUUAUGUACUGCCGUGCCAGGAUAAUGACACUGCUGUGGAGACUCUUCGUUAUAAUGAACCAGAAGAGAAUCACUACGAGUCCCUCUGCCAGAGCUCCUUGGAUUUGGAGGAUGUACGAGAGAAUGUGUUACAUGUGGUUGAAGAGCCAUCUGUUCUUAACCUAGAUGGCCGGGCCUCGAGGCUGCAAGGUGAGAUGGCCAAAGAAACCACCUCUGCACCACCAUCUGCCACCGCUGUGAAUUUAACCAGCCCCUGCAAUGCCAAGUGCCCCCCCUCUGAGCCUGUGCCAGCUGAUUGCAAACCAGAGCUGAAAAAUCUUCAGGAAACUGAGGAAACAAUGUCUUCCAACUCAAAAUUGUACUUUCUUACAGCAGUAGGAGUGGGUAUUGGUGCACUGCUGUUAGUGUGGAAAUGGAAGAAAUAGGGAUUUUGAUAUUAAAAGAAGGGAGGAUUGCACUUUGAGGUAUGUGAGCGAGGAUCUUAAAGGUUUGGUGGUUUGUAGUCCUUGGACUGCUGUGGCUGAAGGCACCUGUUUAAUAAUUACUCGGUAUAAUAGCUGACUUCACAGAACUUUGAUCAUGCCAUUAUAAAUCUAAGUUGGACUAUGACUGCUUGUU